AUGCACCUCAAAGUGAUCGUACUUAUCACCAUGGCUGGUCCAUCCUGGUGGCUCCGUCGCCGCUUGGAGGCAAUGCAAAAUGAGCUAAUCCAGUACCGCCACAAUGUGCGAUGUCCGCGAAUCUUUUCCCAGGCCGCACCACUGUUAAUCGGCGUUGGUCUGUCUCUGGCCAUCCCAUAUCUUAUUGCGCAUUAUGCCUGGUCAUACAUUUAUUACUAUCCGGAGUUCCUUCUGCGUUACGUCUAUCCGUUCAUGUUUUUCAUAAUUCUGGGCAUAUGCAGUUGGGUGUGGUUGAUCAAAGAAUUGCAAAAGCUGUACACGUGGAUCAAAGACGAAAAAUACCUGGUUGGUCGACGCCUAGUGAACUGUGGUCCUCCAGGACCGAGCAACGACACAAGUCAAGCCCUGACUCCGUCCCCUAAUCAGUCUGCAUGA